AAAUUGUUACUAUGUCGCGCGGUGUCAAGGUGCAGGGUGACGUGGCUAUCGAGACCUGCGCUGGCAAAAGCUUCGAUCUAAUUGUGAUCCCUGGAGGAAUGCCUGGUGCCGAGCAUCUGCGCGACUCGAAUGAGGUGGUGGCGCUGUUACAGAAGCAAAAGGAAGACGGAAAACUGUACGGCGCCAUCUGCGCAGCUCCGGCUGUCGUGCUGCACACGCACGGCCUCCUGCCCCCUGGUGCGGCUACGAGCUACCCGAGUUUCGAGUCCAAGAUGACUGGUGUGGACUUUAAGCUUCAGAACGUCGUAGUAAAUGGCAAGUGUGUGACCAGUCAGGGACCGGGUACUGCAAUGGCCAUGGGCGUUAAGCUCGUGGAGCUACUCUGUGGACACGAAAAGGCCCAGUCGGUCGCCAACGGCCUGCUCAACACCCCAAUGCCGUAAGCGCAACUGGGAGCUAUUUGAACCUGAACAAUGCAUCGGACGUGUUUUUGCUGCAGUUGUGCUGUCUACUACAUGUAGUAUUACUGUAGACCUCAAUAAUGUUUGUUCUUACCA